AGGAGAAGGUGAAGGCCGAGCUCUACGUGGCCGUCCCCCGGGCAGCGAGCGAGGAGCUGGAGGCCUUCCGCGCGGAGCACCGGCGCGCCCUGGCGGAGCACGGGGCGGCCCUGGACGCUGCCAAGGCCGCGACCGCGGCGCUCGACGCGAGGCACGAGAGGGCCCUGGCGGAGCAGCAGCAGGCGCUGGACGCGGCCAAGGCCGCGACCGCCGCCCUCGACGCGAGGCACGGGAGGGCCCUGGCGGAGCAGCAGGAGGCGCUGGUCGCGGCCAAGGCCGCGACCGCGGCGCUCGACGCGAGGCACGAGAGGGCCCUGGCGGAGCAGCAGCAGGCGCUGGACGCGGCCAAGGCCGCGACCGCCGCCCUCGACGCGAGGCACGGGAGGGCCCUGGCGGAGCAGCAGGAGGCGCUGGACGCGGCCAAGGCCGCGACCGCAGCCCUCGACGCGAGGCACGAGAGGGCGCUAGGUGAGCAGCAGUCGGCGCUGGACGCGGCCAAGGCGCGAGCCGACCAGCUCGAGGUGGCCUGCAGGGACGCGCGGCUGGGCGAGAUAUGGAAGGACUACUGUCGAGCAGCAGCGGGGGCGAGGUUGAGGAGGCCGCGGAGGAACCAGAGAAGAACACGCCGCCGUGAGAGACCCGCGCGCCAGACCCGAACGGCGGAGGAGGACGGGAUUUGCGGGGGGCCUGUGGAGGGCUCCUCCGCGGUUUCGUUUAGGUUUCUCCACCAGGCGCACCCCGGCGGCUAACCGGCCGUUUUGCCUGGGUUGCCAGGGUGCGCGGACGAUUCGUCUCCCUUGUACGCGGAGCGCCCGACUGAAUUCGCGGCCAGAGAAGGAGAAGGAGGAGGAGGCGGAGGAGGAAGAGAUGGAGGAGGUGCCGGAUAAUGAGAUCCUGGCCAGCUGCACCAGACCGCCCCCCAGAU